GCUUUGGUACAACCCUCUCCUACAUCCUCCAGUCUACCAAGGACAAGACCAGUGAGCGGUGCAUCGACUCGUUCCGUACUAAACUUCUGGACUUCGAGAACGUCGACACCGCGCAACGGUUAUCUCUGGCAUUUACUUUUAAGGAAAUCGGGCGGCACGCGCCCACGCACUUCCAGCGAUUCGCGGGAAGCUACCUGCCGCUGGCUUAUCUCGGUUGCCAUAGCGACGGCAAGGACGAGAUUGAGGCCUGGACUACUGUGUGGGAUGAGAAUACUCCUGGAACGCGUGCGGGCUUACGGCUGUACCAAGACGAACUACUGAGUAUCGUUCUCGAUAUGCUAGCCUCGUCGUCAUGGCAACAGAAACGCAUGGCAGCGCGAACAGCAGCUGACACUCUCAAUAACAUCGGACCGUCGUUGAAGGAAAAACUAGCCAC